AUGUUCCCGAUACGUACUCUCACCUUGCUGCUCAUCUUGGCCCGAAUCGCCGCACCUGCGGCCAUCACAUGUCCCUCCAGUUCGGAACUCAGCGUCACCGUGCCGCCGUCCAUCCAGAGCCCAAGCAACACAUACUACAAGUCCUUAGCUAACGUCCACGACGCUCUCACCCACUGUCCCAACAUCACAUCGCUCAACCUGCGUAUCGGAGAGAUCGGUUGUGUAGGAGAACCCGAUCGCUGGAGCCUUCCCCUGGAUCCUGCCGGAACAUCGCGAUAUCUCCCCGUUCUGGACACCCUAUCCCUCGAAAAGUAUCACUUUUACGACACUGAUGGAGAUUACCUACGUCCUCUGAGAGGAUGGACUCACCUCAGUGGCUGGAUCCUCUCGGGUGACGCCUUCGGAUGGGUGAAAUGGAGACUACUUUCAGAUGACCAGAAGUCAGCGAACAACAUCGAACUGUGGCUCAACGCAAUGGACUUCUCCAAGAUCCGCAAUCUUUCAAUCUUGGACUAUGACGGUCCUCCCGAGACACUCGUCGAAAGCAAAUUGCCUCAAGCUCUACUAGGCCUUCGCACGUUGAGACUCGAGCGAGGUACAACAGUAGACUUUGCCCUCUCGCUACCUCAACAUUCGCUGCAAAGCCUAUCAUGGCUAGAUGCCGGCCAAGACCAGUCCAUCAUUCCCAUACUCGAACACCAUGGGCGCUCACUCACUCACCUGGAAUGGCGAACGCCAGAAAGCCUAGAAUCCAAAAGACCAACGCUUCCGAGGGAUGUUCUGCGAGACCUUCGCAACCUAGCGCCCAACUUGCAAUCUCUGAUAAUCGACCUCAACCGCAACAGUACAUGGCCAUGGGAGGACCUCCGCGCUCUCUCUUUAGGCCUCCCGGCUGGACUGACCAAUCUGACGCUAUACCUCGAGAUCACGAGCGAAUGCCGUCGUCAGCAAGGUCCGUUAGAACCGAUCCGGUGUGUGGAUACGUGCGGUCCGACAGAGCAGCUCGCCAGCCCUCUGCUCACGGCUACGAGUGCCCUUCAAGUUGCGAGGUUCAUCCGGCAUUACGCAAGGAGUCCAUUGACCUCCAUCAACUUCUUCGCGGGCGACUGGACGAGGCCAUGGGAUGGGCCGAUCAACGUGCCGACCUGGUUGGAUGGCAGGCGAGCUUGGAUUGCGUGCGGUGCGGAGGGCGGCGAGGGGGAGGAGCUUAGAUGUUCUGGGAAGGACACGGCAUUGAACGAGCAUGAGAUUGAGCUCUUUCGGGCCCUGUGUAUACGGACGUCGGCGGACCUGUUGGGUGAUAUCACCGAUGCUCAUCCUCAAGACUUUGUGGAAUAG